AUGCACCGGUGGCCGAGGAAGCGCACCUUGGCCGUGGCCGGUGUGCUGGCCGCGGUCUUGGGUGUGGCCACCUGGCGCCAGUCCAACCAAUGCCUCAACCUUGGCGGUUUGCAGGGGAAGACUGAGGUGGAUGUGCGAUCGAAGGGGGCGCGUUUGUCGCGUGGAUGUGCUUCCUGUGGAUCCCACAAUCGCACCCUGGCGGAAGACACGGUCUUGCGGGCGAUGAAGCAUGCGGGCCAUGAUGCACAGAAGAACUGGGAGGAGCACCAUAUCCGAAAGUUGGACACCUUGGCCACCUUGAAGGCGGUGAAAGACUUCCGCCGGGGACAGCACAACGAGGAGGCGGGGAACAUCGAAUGCGCCUUCAACGUGCUUGAGGCGUGGCAUCGGGGAUCGAAGGGUUUGGUGUCGCGGGGAGAAGAGAAGAGUGAGGACAUGGUGAGGUUCCGGAUUCUUCUGGGGGAGCAAGCAGUUCGUUUGUCGCCAGCCUUUGCUGAUCCGAGUGCCGGCAAUCACGGAUCAGCCGGUCUGGCCAACUCGCGACUCAGUCCGAUGGCACAUGAGACACGCUGGCACCUCGGCGUUCGCGCCUUUGUCUCGGUCAUGGGCAUGGGCGACGACAUCAACGGCAUCAUCCGCACCUGCCCUCCACCCCGGGACGGUGAGUCCGAAUUGGCCUGCCAGGUCGAUGCGUCGAUCUUGGUGGCCUGGGUGGGCAACUUGGCGGCGAAGAUCUCCUUGGCGGCCUCCAACUGCGCCUUGACGCUCAACGUGGACUCCGUCUGCGCGGCAGGCGUGACGGGCGUGGUCUCCGCCUUCGGCGAGAUCUCCGCCGGCGCAUGCUUGGGUGCCGUGACUUGUUCACCGACCCCUCCAGCCUUGACCACCACCAAGAUCAGUGUCCUGGGUGACCAGACGGUGCGCGGUGCUGCACCGGGACGACGUCUGUUGAUCGGCGAGGGAACCAUCGGCAACGGCGUGCAGUGCGGCAUCGACGUGGGCAUGGUGGCCGCCAACAUCGCGAACAUGGGACUUGCCAUCAACAAGGCCGUCAACGUGAACCGAUGUUGCCAUCAGCCCAGGAAGCAGCCUCUGAACGUCCUCAAGGGCAUCCCCGAUGCCUUGUGCACCGUGGACAUUGCGGGAGCUGUGGCUUACAUCAGUCAGGUCGUGACCUUCAUCAACCUCAUCGUGGUGCACUGCCAGGACUUCUUGGACGUGAACGCCUUGUGCGCCGGCUCCAUCGCCGCCAUCACCACCGGCGCCUCGGCCAUCGCCGCCUACAGCGGCGCGCUGCACGCGGCCUGCCGCUACAACGGGCUCCUGAAGCAGCCGACGCCCGGUGGAGCGAAGGGCUUUCUGGGUGACAGAGUGAUGUGGGUAUUAAAAUCAGGCAACGACCCAACCCAUGGCUUCGGAAUCUCCUGGCUUAAACAUUUCACAUCCAUCAUGAACACGUUGGUCAAACCGUCCUCCUCCUCAAAACCGACCCACCGGCGUUGUCCAGAACACCGUCUCCAACGGUCCACCGACCCAACGGGUGACGUGACGAGAGACGAGACGUGA